UUAAUACCACUCCAAAUACGUCUAGCGCAACUUUUGUUGGCCUCUGAGUACCUGGAUGGCUCAGACCUAUCAUGUUUCUUCUUCUGUGAGAAAACUGGACGAUUCAGAAGGAGUGAGCAUGUUGAAGGUGAUCUGAGAGAGCGCUCAAAAGCCCCGUAUACUCAACAGUUUGAGGAGUCACCGAGGGUUUCAACGCCAUUGACAAGAGAAGAGCUUCUCGAACGAGAAAUGCGUAAACACGAACAGUUGUUGGUGGUGAAACCAGUCUACCUGGUGAUCGAUACGAACGCUUUCAUUGAUCAGUUGAGCGCUAUCCAGAAAAUCUUGCAGUGCGAACGUUUCCGAGUAUUGAUUCCAACGACAGUGAUGGAAGAGCUAAUCGACCUGCAACAUGGUGAAUUGAGUAAUCCGCGAGUACAAGGAGCAACGGAAGGGGCCCGACAAGCAGUGACAUGGCUGCGCGAGCAAACUCGACAGAAAAACCCUCGCCUGUUUACGUUGACGAUGCGUGGACGUCGAUUGCCUAUAGCUGUGGUUCGCGAAGAAGCUGGAGAUGAUGGUGAACUGGUAAGUUACAGAUAG